GUAGAAUAAAUAUAUUUACUCCAGUUGGAACGUCUGCUACUCUGUGAACAUUCUCCUUCUGCGCAAGUUUACCAGCUCCGUCUUCCUCUUUCUGCCGUGGCAACUGGAGCUUUUUUCUAAUCGUCCACCAGAGUUAAAUCAAAAUCCACUAUGGGUAAGGAAAAGAUCCACAUCAACAUUGUCGUCAUAGGACACGUAGACUCCGGAAAGUCCACCACAACUGGACACUUGAUCUACAAAUGCGGAGGUAUCGACAAGCGUACCAUUGAGAAGUUCGAGAAGGAAGCCCAGGAAAUGGGUAAGGGUUCCUUCAAGUACGCCUGGGUGUUGGACAAGCUCAAAGCCGAACGUGAGCGUGGUAUCACCAUUGACAUUGCCCUGUGGAAGUUUGAAACUGCCAAGUACUACGUAACCAUCAUUGAUGCCCCUGGACACAGAGAUUUCAUCAAGAACAUGAUCACUGGAACUUCACAGGCCGAUUGUGCUGUGCUGAUUGUUGCUGCUGGUACUGGUGAGUUUGAAGCCGGUAUCUCCAAGAACGGCCAGACCCGAGAGCAUGCUCUGCUUGCCUUCACCCUGGGUGUCAAACAGCUUAUUGUUGGAGUGAACAAGAUGGACUCCACUGAGCCCCCAUACAGCGAGAGCCGUUUUGAGGAAAUCAAGAAAGAAGUCAGUAACUACAUCAAGAAGAUCGGUUACAACCCUGCUGCCGUAGCUUUCGUACCCAUUUCUGGAUGGCACGGAGACAACAUGUUGGAGGCUUCCGACAAGAUGCCCUGGUUCAAGGGAUGGGCCAUUGAGCGCAAGGAAGGCAAGGCUGACGGCAAGUGCCUGAUCGAAGCUCUGGAUGCCAUCCUCCCACCCUCCAGACCUACUGAGAAGCCCUUGAGACUUCCUCUUCAGGACGUCUACAAAAUUGGUGGUAUUGGAACAGUGCCCGUCGGUCGUGUUGAGACUGGUGUGCUCAAGCCUGGUAUGGUUGUGACUUUCGCCCCUGCCAACCUGACUACUGAAGUCAAGUCUGUUGAAAUGCACCACGAAGCCCUGCAAGAGGCAGUGCCUGGUGACAAUGUUGGUUUCAACGUCAAGAACGUUUCCGUCAAGGAGUUAAGGAGAGGGUUCGUUGCUGGAGACUCAAAGAGCAACCCACCCAAGGCUGCCGCUGACUUCACUGCACAGGUCAUUGUCCUGAACCACCCUGGUCAGAUUUCUAAUGGCUACACGCCCGUCCUUGAUUGUCACACAGCUCACAUUGCCUGCAAAUUCGCAGAGAUCAAAGAGAAGUGCGACCGUCGUACAGGAAAGACCACUGAGGACAACCCUAAGGCCAUCAAGUCUGGUGAUGCUGCUAUCGUUGUUCUGGUUCCUUCCAAGCCCAUGUGCGUGGAGAGCUUCCAGGAGUUCCCCCCUCUGGGACGUUUCGCUGUGCGUGACAUGAGACAAACCGUUGCUGUCGGUGUCAUUAAGAGUGUGAACUUUAAGGACUUGUCAUCGGGUAAAGUAACGAAGGCUGCGGAGAAGGCCCAGAAGAAGAAAUAACUAGCUGUGAAUAACAACGUUCCCUUUCGCUUCUUUGUCGGCUGUCUGCUUGGCUGGCACAGGCAGCCAUGUUUCCAUCGUAAAGAAUUCCGGAGGAAAGGCAUGUUCUGUCUUUCAAAUCUUGUUUUAUAAUUUUUAUUAUUUCUCUUGUAAGACUCAAAGACUGAGUUGUUUCUAUUUUUGAGUUGUAAAAGUAAUUUUCUUUUUAACCUUAAGGACGAAUUGUUUUGUAUUCAGAAUAGCUGGGCUUAAAUUGUAUAAAUAUUACCCGAGUUAUUUUGAAAACUUAUAUAAAUAUCAUUUAUCUUAAUGUCUUGUUAUUUUUCACUAUGGUGACGAUUUAAAAUUCCGAAUAAAGAAGCUUCAUGACAUGGAGACAUUUUUUGCAUUUAUAUUUUUUACCUAUUGGUUUGAUCAUUUUGAGUUUGCUUGAUUAAUUUUACACAAACUUAAACAUCUGUUCCUUGUAUUGUAGUUAUCUGUAACUAUGCCACUAAUAAAGUGUAUGGCUGACCUGAA